UUGUUUUCUCUUUUUUCUUUUCUCACUCCAGGUAAAAUCUCACUUUUCUACCUUAUAUUCUACACCUGUUUAGCUGCAUUCUGGGCCUGUAUGUUGCUUGUUUUCAUGCAAACAGUGGAUUAUAACAGACCCAAGUGGGUUUCAUACGUCAGUACACCAGGUCUUGCUGUAACACCUAGUCUAUUAGAAGAGAGGAUAAGCUACACACCAAGCAAUGAGCUAACAUUUAAGAAAACCACUGACAUUCUUCAGAAGAUCUGGGACUCACUUUCACCAGAGAACCAGGAACACACAGAGGACUGCGAACCUCUGACGGAGACUGGCAACAAGACCAUGCAGAGAUACUGCUCCUUCGACCGCACCAAUCUUGGCCAAUUCUGCACUCCAGAUAACUACUUUGGGUACAACACGACGUCUCCCUGCAUCUUUGUCAAUCUGAACAGGGUUUGGGGAUGGACUCCAGAAGACCCUGAAGCAGAUGCCAAAGACAAACCAGACAACUACGUAAAUGGAAACGUCCUCAUCUCCUGCAAGCCAUACAAAGAAAAGGAUGUUUCCUCUGUCAAUGGAACGGAAAUCUUCCCAGAUUCGGGUCUGCCGUUUGCUUACUUUCCCUACGUGGUCAGCACAAAUAAGAAGAAGCAGGCCCUCUAUGUCUCCCCGUACGUUGCCGUCCGUGUUAGACUCAAUCCAGAGGAAGCUGCAGGCAAGGACGUCAAGGUCCAAUGCGAAGCCUACACCGGUAACAUUGAACCUAGGGGCGGACUUUACGAUAUCAAAGAGAGAUCGGCGUUCACCGUUAUAUUCAACCUGGGCAAAACAGCAGCACCCAAAGACGAAAUGUAACAUUCAGAGUUAAUAUUAUUCAUAUUAUUAACAGCAAAAAAAAAACCAUAGUCUUUUCCUUCUUCAAAAUUUAAUCUCUUUUCAAAGGAAAAAUGGACACUCUGUCAAGAGAAGGGGCAAGUGAAACAUGAAACCAUUGUCACCUUUGUUUGGGUUAGCGACAACAAUUGAAGGCGACAGUCCUCCGGGCCUGAGAAAGCUUGUAUGAUAGGAUUUAUUUGUCUUUAUGGACAGAUGAGAGAGGAAUUUUUUUAAACGGCCCUGUUUGGCAGUGAUCUUGCAAUCUUUCCGUUUCCAUAGACCAAAACUCUGUUAUCUUGAGGUUUGUACUGAUCGAUCAUUCUCAGUUGCCCUCUUUCAGUUUCCUUGCAUCUUCUCUUACGGGUAGUUAAAGUUUUUUUUAUCAUUUUCCGAUCAGAAGUAUUCAUGAUUUGCUAUUGAAAAAACAUUAAUUCAACAGUUUUUUAUGAAUUUUAUGAAAACUUCUUAAUUUCCUCAUUCUCGCCCCAAUAAUAUGCCCUCUUUUUAUAUUCCAAUGCAAUGAAUUUUAAAACCAGCCGGAAUCAUUGAUUAUCACUCAGAACACAACAGAUGGCAGCAUCAGAAAUAUCAGAUAGCAGAAAAAAAAAUACCAAAGUUUAGAUGUGUUAUAUUUUUUUAGACGUGCUCACACUUUUUCUCUCUACGACAACGUUAUAUUCGGUUUAAUACGCAGAAUAAUUUAAUACGGACCACUUGCUGAACAUUGGGAUUUCUGUACUGCUUGCAUGUAGAGAGAUCGUCUUUACCAUCAUUAGUUUAGUACAUUAUAUACAGUCUGCUCACGUACUACCAACGGAGCAGUGUUUGGAUAUUUUAUUGAUACAAGUUUUGUUUAGUUUAAUGUUUAUCCUAGCAAAAUCUGUCGGAUAAUUUCACCUGCCUUUAUACACAUCUCUGAAUGUUCCUGACAAGGGGCAGAGAAGAAACAAAAUCUGUCGGCCAUCGGAAACGAGAAGCAGGGAGGAGUCUUUCCCCAUGCCCGAGUUUCCAAUAGCCUGCUGCGCUUCCACCCUGUGGAACCCACGUUUAUAUAUUUCAGAGUGUGCCGUGCAUGUGCGAGAGAAAGCGUGAGAGAGAGUGAGAGCUAGAAUUCUGACCAUAAACCUGUAUGUUGUUCUUUGUAUUAAAAUGAUGCAAAUGUUCUGUUUUAACAAGAGAAAAUAUGGGGAAAUUAGUUAAAAGAAUGUGUGUAAUUAAUUAUCUUUGCAUUCAGUCUUGUUGUAAAUGAUUUUUUAUGUUGCUUUCUGUUGAGUACCGAAUGUUUGAAUAUUGACCGGUACCCAAUUUGAGGAAUAAGAAUAAUUGUUAUUUAUAUCAUAUUUUGGUAGUUACUGCAUUAUACACGAUCUGUUCAAUUCAGGUAUAUAUCAUACUAUGUGUUUGUGUAAAUGAUGGACUUUCCGUAGACAUGUAACACAAUGGAUGUCAUGUAUACAUAUUUCUAUUUGCAGUUUUCUUUAGUUUUCUCCCUUUUUUUGUGGGAAGAAACUAAACUAACUCUAUAAAAGUUUUUUUUUAUUGCCUGACAUUAUUUUGCCAUCUUCUUCCUGUUUCCCCUUUAUUUUAUCUUUUCAUUAGAUACACUACAAUCAGUUGGGUUGGGUUGUUUGUAUACAAGGGUUCCGUAGCAAUACUAAGCAAGUUGAAAAAAAAAAUGUUCAUGUGUGUGGAAUAUGUUCGAUUUAUAAUGAAAGACUAGUUUUUUGAGAAUAUGUUAAAUCAGACAAUUUUUAGCUCUUUUUGUAUAAUCGCACAAAAGAUGUCUUGACUGUCUUGGAUAUUAGAUUUGUCAAUUGCACUUCGGUUCAAAUGAGAUACUACACCAUACAUUUCUAGAUCAGAAGUCAUUGUAGUAAUCACACAUUUUUAUUUGCACUUUUUAUCCAUAGAGUUUUGCCAUUCGAUGUGGAUCUACCUAUAUAGGUUGACAUUUUAAAAAUAUGAAAACAUGUCAUUAUUGCAACUUCAAUCUCGAUAUAUGAUGUUCAAUCGUCUACUCUUUUGUGAUAGAUAGAUAUAAAUAUGUAUAUUGAAUAUAUCUAUAUAUAUUGUCUAUAUUGAUUGUUGUUUUGCAAAAAUGAGAAGUACAUGUAUUUACUGUUCUAAAAAAAAAUAGAUGGAAGAGGGAGGAUGAAAGAAAGACCAAAUGAUUUGAGUCCCGAGACGUCAGGUGAUGGUGGUUAAAGUGUUAUGUUGGAGUCGUUGACCGGUUUUACUGCUUGAUAUAGCUUCCGACUAUCGGGGCUAGCCUGGCUUUACUAUAAGAUCAAUUAUGUUGGCUCCUUGAUGUGUGCAAGAUGAAGUCCUAGCUGAAAGAAUCACUCUGUCGUGUCAUGCAAAGACUGCAUUGAUUCUAAUCGCACAAUCGCGGGGUUGGAAAGAAGAAAAAAAAUAUGCAAACCAGUUCCGGUCUUUGUUGCUACUAACAUCUUCUGUGCUAUUGCUGGUGUUUAUUCUGAAGAGAGGGAGCAAAUAGCUUUUGUAUAUUGCAAUUUGGUGUUUCUAUAACAAACAGUAAAGUUGACAGUUGCAUAAUGCAACGUAGAUGUGCCCCCUUCAGAUGGUUCACGGUGCCAAAACAAACAUUAUAGACGGCAAAAUAGGUCUUAGGUUAGAUGGUGAUGGGUACUGUUUUUUUAAAAUAAAUUUUGAUAUAAAGGAUCACAUCUUUUUUUUUUGUAGAUACAGAGAUAGGUAUUAUAAAAUUGUCAUUAUUUUCUUUUUUUUUUCUUUUUCAUUUCUUGUCUGGAAAUAAGCGAAUCUCUGUUGAAUCCACCAUACUUUUGCAUCUGAUCGUGUUGCAGAAUGUACAGUGCUACUCAUAACGAUCUGUUCAUAAGAAGAGUUAUAUGAAGUAUAUAAAGGAAACAGAAAUGAACAUGUUUAUUCUUGUAGGAGAACAGGCGGUGUUUUAACUUGUUUGUAGUAUUAUAGAAUUGAAAAAGAAAAAAUUGAAAAAACGUUUAAAAAAAAAAAAAAAAAAAAAAAAUCUCAUUCCAAUGUUCUCUUAUGAGAGACCACUGAUAGUAGAUAUGCUUCUUUCGACUUCAAUCUAGCUGCCACUUAUUGAAAAAAAAAAAAACUUUGUGUAAUAAAACCAGUUUGUUAGAUAGCGUGUAUUUCAAUUUUCACCAGGCCAAUGUUAGGGGUGGCAUGGAAAGAUAUUGUUGCAUUCAUAAAACCAUCCUAACGAUAAAUGAAGUCCGUCUCUCUACCCCAUAUCUUUAUAUCGGAAACCCUUGAAGUAUGUGGUUUGCAUCUCUGUAAGAGUGAUUGAAAAUGUAGUCAAUUGUUAUCGCCAAUUUUCAAAGUAGGACACCGAUACCCCCUCCCCAACUCAAAGAUAUGCGUACUACCCUUCUGCUCAAGAGAGAAACCUUACACUAGCACGUUCAUGUGUUAGGUCAGUUCCAUCUAUGCAACUUACCAGCUUCAAAUGGAUUUUGGUGUCUCUCAACAUGAUGACCAGAAAAAAAAACAAUUAUUGUAUCCUGACUCUCAUGGUUUACCUUGCGAGAGCCAUAUAGUUUUACCCGAAGGCGUGAAUAUUCAUGGGUUGUUUAUUACUGUUUAGGAAAAAUUCAAAUUUUAUGACUUCUCUAACAACAAAGGACUGGAUUCUCUUUCAAUGGAAUGAAUGCUAAUUUCUUUUAACACAAUGGAUUGAGUAGCCCUAUUUUGAUAUUUUUAAGAUUGUAAUAUUUCCAAAUGAAAACUUUAAUAAGAGUGUAUUAAGCUGUCCACCUGAGCAAAAAUCUUUUGAAAAAGAAAAAAAAAUGAAUUUACAUUGUUAAACAUGGCAAUUCAAAUUGCAGAGAAUGGUAGCUCUAGGCAGCAUAUUGUACUGUGACGACUGUGUGUUCUUACGAAGGAUAAAUAAAAGUUUGAAUUUUUCCCCUA